AUGUGUUCCCAGCCACCGGGGCAUCCCCGAGAGGCCUGGGCAGAUGAGUUUGGCGCCCACCCCUCUGCGCACGCAACACCCUUCAAAGCACCCAUGGGCACAGCUGGACCCUCGACACAAUGGGCAAAUGAGUUCCAGAGGCGGGAACACUCCUCAGGGCACCCUUCAGCCUGGGCAGAGGAGUUCCGGGCUGGUCCCUCGCAUGCGCCAAUGGCCAAUCUGACCCUCAACAACAGCAGCCAGGCGCCUUCAGCAUGGGCAGCAGACUUCUUGGGCAGCAGAGGCCAAAAUUUGCACCAACCACAUGGCGACAUGAGCCGCUCAGGGCACGGCAGCCAGUGGGCUGAGCAGUUUGCAGACGCCCGACCUAAGAGCGAGCAAUGGGUGGACGAAUUUGCCGCCCACGCUGCACAGGAGGUGCAGUCUUCUCUGACGCCUGAGCAGCGCAAGGCCAUGCGCGGCCCAUCAGCUAAGGAUCCUGUCGAGGAUGACGACGCCGCCAGCUGGGUGCACCAGUACAACGAAGAACUCGCCAGGCCCUCAACCAAUGCCUUAGAAUUUGACAUGGGCGAGCUGGAGGCCAGUUGUGCGCUGAUGCCAGCACAGGACAAUCCUUACAGCGCGCAUGCGCUGCCGCUGCAGAUUGCUCAGCAGAUGGAGCGAGAGGGACGCCUCAGGGCGGCCGCUCUGGCCUACGAAGCUGCAGCACGGGUGGCUCCGCUGAAUAGGGAAGCAUGGUGGCGGCUAGGGAGGUGCCGGCUUGAGCUUGAGGAUUUCAGGGGAGCAUGUGGGCCUUUCACCCACACGCUGAAAGGCUGGCCCACACACCCAGCCAAUGGGGCGGCCUGGAGGUCACUUGUGCAGGCCGCGCUGGGCGCAGGCCAGAAAGAGCAGGCCUCAAACGCUCUCCAGGGGUGGCUGCACAGCCUUGCUGGCGGCGCAGACGCUGCAAUGGCGCUGGGUGGCGGCGGCCGCGUGAAUGUCAAAGAGCUGCAGGCUGAGCUCCUGAGGAGGGCAGAGGCAGCGCCGGGAGAGGUGCUGGCAUGGGAGAUGCUGGGCUACCUGCACAGCCUCCGCGGCGAGCACGCAGCGGCCACGGAGGCAUUUGGCAAGGCCGUCGUGACAGGCGCGGGCCAGGACAAUAACGCGCUGUGCCUACUUGGCAGCUCCCUCAGCCAGCAGAAGCAGCACUCCCAGGCCGAGCGCGUGUUCAAGGCAGCCACGGCGUCGUCCGAAGCCACCCGCGCCUGGGCCGGCCUGGCCAGAUGCCAAUGUGCACAGGGGAAAUAUGGGGAGGCAGUCCAGAGCUACAGCAGGGCGUUGGAGCGCCGCCCGGACACCACAUCCCUGUGGGACAGUUUGGCUAUGGCGCUCACUGCCCUGGGCCGCAUGGACAAGGCGGAUGCUGCAGCCAGGCAGGAUCCAAUCGUCCUCAGGCCAGACAGUGUCAAAGCUAUGUAA